AAAAUAUCCGUAGGCUUAGUUCCAGUAUUCCUUUUUCGGUUUCAAAAUUCAAAAUUAAAAAAUGACACUAAGUCAGCUGAUACGCUUGAAUAUGGCGCAUUUCCGGGCCAAAACGUGGAAUACUAAAGCCAUGUCCACCAAGUCGGCCAAGUCCUGCUUCUCCAAGUCGAUGAAGCCCAUGAAGCAGUUCAAACGCCCGCGCAUUUCGAAGAUCAGUGUAGUUGGCGCCGGUCAGGUGGGCACGGCGAUCAGUGCCAUGCUGUUGCUCCGGAAUCUCACCAAGAACCUGGUCAUCCUGGACAUCAACUACGAACUGGCCCAAGCGGAGGCACUGGACUUUCAGCACGCAUCCGCCUUUCUAAACGAUGCUCGGGUGGUGCCUUGCGGCGAUAGUACCAACUCCAAAAAUUCCGAUGUGGUUAUCAUUACGGCGGGAGCUCGGCCCUCCGGCAAGGAUCGUUCUCGCCUGGCUGCAAUGCAAAAGACCGUCGAAAUCCUGAAGAAGGCGGUGCCCAAACUGGUGGAGCUCAGUCCCGAUGCCACCUUCAUUAUCAUCUCGAACCCCGCCGAUGUUAUGACCUAUGCUGUGCAGCGAAUUACCAAUCUACCCAAGCAUCGCUGCUUCACUACUGGCUGUCAUUUGGACACGGUGAGGUUCCGCAACCUGAUCGCAAAUCGACUUCGAUUGCCUCCGUCUCAGGUUCACGGCUAUGUGAUCGGAGAACAUGGCGCCAGUGCGGUUCCAGUGUGGUCCAGUGUCUCCAUUGCCGGGAUCCGGCUGAAUGAUGUGGUGAAGAACCUGGCCUGCGGCGAUGAUCCGGAGAACUGGGCGAAGAUCAACAAGCAAGUCACCACCGGCGGACUUGCGGUGGCCAAAACCAAAGGCUAUACCAACUGGGCCAUCGCGCUCACCUGUGCGGAUAUCGUGCAGGCAAUGUCCGGCGGGAAGGGAAAGAUUGCAUGCGUGGGCACGGACAUGAAGGGCCUGAGCGGCAUCCAGGACAACGUGGUGCUAUCGCUGCCCUGCUUGGUCACCUCGGGUGGCAUUAGCCACGUGUUCGAGCUGCCCCUCACGGAUGUGGAGCAAAGCAAGCUGCUGGCCUCCGCCAACAUCCUUCUGGAGGCCCAAUGCUCUCUGAGUAUUUGAUUCAUGAACUCAAAACGGUUUGGAUUGGCCAAGUCACUGGAUUUUAAGAAGUUUUAAUCCAGGAAUUCUUUAGUAGAUGAGCUACUGAAGGAUUCUACGAAAAAAACUAUACUAAUGGUUUAUUUGUUGUUCCGAAAUAUUUAUAUUGCAAACGAAUACUUUUUGGAAAUGUACAUAUUCUGGAGAAUGUAGACCAGUGAAGAGAUAGAAUGUUAACCACAUUAUUAUAUAGUAUGUACAAAUCCAGAUAAGUAUUAUACCUUUCUACGAGAGCCCAAUAAAUAGGAAAUUGAAAUCGAAAAAA